CAUUUGCAUUUUUCUGUUCCAACUUGUAUACCACCAGCACACUCUAAACCUCUAUGCCCAGAUCUGGGCAUAGAAGUCUCUUGCUGCAAGACGUUAUUUCUGUUAGAUACUCUACAAUGGUUAGCGGACUCAUUUCCGCUGCAAGUGGUAGGCCUCCUGCUCCUCGUGUGAAUACUAGGAGUGGUGGAAGGCGUGGGUCCCCUGUACGUGAGGGGGACCGAAACUCUUCAUCUCAGCAUAGAGAACGAUCUCGUUCUCCUCGUCCUGGCGGAGGGCGUCAUCAUGAGCGCGAUCUCAACGCCCCAGCGCCCCAGAUUCGCCAGGAUCGCCAGGAUCGGGACCGGGAUCGCGCAGAUCGCCGCACAGAUUUUGCUCCUGCCGCAGUGAAUCCGCGCGGGAUUCCGCAGAUCUCGACCCCUGGAGCAGCAGAAAUCGCCGAAAUGAUUGCGCGCCUGGAUCCUGCAGCCCAGCUCAAUCUCCAGCGAAUCUUCACAGGAGCUGCUGGCGAACGCGUUACAGCACGCUCCACUGCAUCUACAGCGCCUCAUUCUGCAGAACAUAAUUCUGCUCGCUACACCGACAACAAUGUUAACGCCGGCACCAACAACGAGGCCAUUCACCACGUUCUUGGUCUUCUCGCGGCGCUCCAGCGUGGCAAUGGCGCCGAUCCCGCACCGCCACCGGAACCAGCACGCGUCGCAGCGACGGUGGCCCCACGCUCUCGCCUCCCGGCGCCCGCCCCCGAGCCCGUUGACGACGAAAUGGACGAGGAAGCACCCCAUGCCACGCUCGACGAAGGUAAUGCCGCCCGCCCGAAAUCCGCUUCUGCAUCGCUCACCCUCGCUCCUAUUCCACCUGCACGUCCUCAGUUGCGCUCUUCCUUAGUUAAAAGCGAUGGAAUUCGUACGCAACUUUUUAGUUUUGAGCGCAUUCAAGCUAUUGCACGUCAUGCUAUCUCGGUUUUACCACUUGACGGUGGAGAACAAGCCGCCGACUAUCUCCAGCAGAUAGUAGAGGAGGCGGAAGAGAAGAUUCAUUUUUUGUUUACCGCCGAUCAACGCGGUUUCGAAGUGGCCAAUAUGGCCCUUAAGAUUAAGUAUGGGGAAGUGGUAGAGGAUAAGAAUGUGAAGGCCGCUUCUCAGAUUGUAGCGGCCAGCAAGAAGAGGCCCACUCGGCCCACCCAUCCCACCUCCCGUCCUGAACCCCCUCUUCGCCCUCGCGGCCAAGGGGAGCGCCUUUGGAACACAUGGCGUAGGGACGGCGACGGCCGUUGUUUCUAUUGCCCUCGGAACCAUUUCGGCCUAUGCCGAUGACGCAACCAAGAUUACCCGCAUGCAAGGCCGCCUCCGUGACCGCGCUGCAUGGUGGUCCGCCUGGUGCGACAGCCGCUUGAUUCUAUCGGUGAUUACAUCUGGAUAUCGCCUACCAUGGGUUGCCUUUGAGCCCCCUCCGUCUCGUACUAAGAACCAUGCCGGUGCUUUGCAAUUCACCUCUUUCGCCGUAGGCGCAGUGGCCGAGCUUCUCGCCACCGGCGCAGCUCGGGUCGUUCCUCCUUCCACAACCCUCACAUGCGUUAGCCCCUUAAACGUGAUUGUCCAACCCUCAAAAAAGAGACUGAUAUUGG